AUGGCCACCGCCGCUGCCACCAAGCUCACGCCUCAUCUCCUCUCUCUCUCCUCCCCCCUCCGUCGCCGGAAACCCCUGCUGCACCACCUCCCUCCGCGGCUGCCCCGGAAUGACGGCUCUGCUGCCUUAAUACUGGGACUCUCUAGCCGGAGACUUACUUGCAAGGCGACGGAAGUGUCGGUGGCGGAGGAGCCGUCGGCUGCGGGGGAUGGCGAGAACUGGGUGCCAGUGGUGCCGCUGUCGGCAUUGCCCAAGGGGGAGCGGCGCGUGAUUAUACAGGACGGAGAGACGAUUCUGUUGUUGUGA